GAAGGGGAAGUGGGGCGGGGGCCGGCGGCGGUGGGGAAGAUGGCGUACCAGAGCCUCCGGCUGGAGUACCUACAGAUCCCACCGGUCAGCCGCGCCUACACCACCGCCUGCGUCCUCACCACCGCCGCAGUGCAGUUGGAAUUGAUCACACCUUUUCAGCUGUACUUCAAUCCUGAAUUAAUCUUUAAACACUUCCAAAUAUGGAGGCUAAUCACCAAUUUUUUAUUUUUUGGGCCUGUUGGAUUCAAUUUUUUAUUUAACAUGAUAUUUCUAUACCGUUACUGUCGAAUGCUAGAAGAAGGCUCUUUCCGAGGCCGGACAGCAGACUUUGUAUUUAUGUUCCUUUUUGGUGGAUUUUUAAUGACUAUUUUUGGUUUGUUUGUGAGCUUAGUUUUCUUGGGCCAGGCCUUUACAAUAAUGCUUGUCUACGUGUGGAGCCGAAGGAACCCGUAUGUCCGCAUGAACUUCUUCGGUCUUCUCAAUUUCCAGGCCCCCUUUCUACCCUGGGUGCUCAUGGGCUUUUCCUUGUUGUUGGGGAACUCAAUCAUUGUGGACCUCUUGGGUAUUGCAGUCGGACACAUAUAUUUUUUCUUGGAAGAUGUAUUUCCCAAUCAGCCUGGUGGAAUAAGAAUUCUGAAAACACCAUCUAUUUUGAAAGCUAUUUUUGAUACACCAGAUGAGGAUCCAAAUUACAAUCCACUACCUGAAGAGCGGCCAGGAGGCUUCGCCUGGGGUGAGGGCCAGCGCCUCGGCGGGUAAAGCAGCAGUGCCAAUAACGAGACCCUGCCGGGAAGGACUCACGACAUACCCAUUGGGAUUCUUUUAUCCUUUGUGCUGCAAAAGUGUGGACACUUUUGACAGCUUGACAGAUUUUAACUCCAGAAGCACUUUAUGAAAUGGUACACUGAUAAUCCAGAAGACAUUUCCAGCAGUUUGCCGGUGGUUCCUCACUGCACUGGUACUGAAAGUGUAAUCUCUCGGAGCCAAAAACUGGAGAAACAUACCCUGCCGCCUCUAUCGAACAAGUACAUGCGUGCUGAGUUCUGUGGUGAAAGGCAGAGCUCUUUCCUCCUCCUCCUCUUUGAUAGACGAGGCCGUGGUGUAAAUGGAAGUUUCAGAGAGGACAAAAUAAAACGCAAUUCCAUCUCUCUCUCACUCA